AUAUUUUGCUUCCUGUUUCGUUACGAUGUUAUUGGAAUCAGUUCCCCGGAUAAAUACGGAUUUAGAAGACAAAAUAUAUAAAGUAGAUUACGUUGAAAUUGUUAAAACUUGCUAAAAAAAUUCUAUUGUUUGAUAAACAUCGUUAUUACUGGAUCAGAUCUAGUUUACAACUGACAUUUAGUGGAUCCAGUUAAACAUAGAUGAUUGUUGCUAAUGAACUGUGGAAAGAAAUAGCAACAGCAUUCUUUAUUAUGCCGAUGUGGAAAAUUUAAACGAAGGUUUGUUGUAAAAUUUAGUUGUGUUGAAGCUGUCGUUGUCCAGUCUGACUUGUGACAACUUGAAUAUGUUGUGAAAUCUUCGUCGUUGGCUCUAUAUUAAUAUAAUAUCAGAUGACAUUGGCAUAGUAGAAAGUUUUAAAGACGAAAGGAAAGUCUUAUACACAAGAGAUAUAAACUUGUUUGUAUAAAUCUAUGCAGGAAUUGCUGUGAAAUAUUUGAUCUGAACAGAGACAAGUUUUCAAAAUUUCCUUACUUCGUUCUCUGAAAUAUGUACAGGAUGAUUUCAAGUUUUAAUUAAACUCAAUUGCAAAGAAGUUUGCAGCAUAUUCAAAUAUCGACAGAGAUCACAAUUGACAGAAACAUAACAGAAGAAACAUUUGUGAGGAAUAAAAUAUAACAGCAAAAUUUUAAAAUUAUCGAAAUUGUUGCAAGACACAACGAAAAUUUUAGAAAAGUAAAAAAGAAAUAAGUAGAAAUUUUACUGGUGAGUGUGUUAAAUUACAAGGCAGUAAAAGAGAAAGAUUCUCCCCACACAUAACAGAAUAUGCUUCAACACAAGAAAUCACAUGAAGAAUCUUGCAAACCAAAUCUAAAAGUGAAAUAAAACUAAAAAAACCAUUUGUAUAUUGUGGUGAAUGAUGUAAAAUUAUGGAAGAUGAACUAUGUGAGACCAAGGCUAUAUGUGAAAAACAAUCAAAUAAUAUUAAUUUACCUGAUGGUAAAAUGAAAGAGAAAGAAAACCCAUUACACCACUGUGACAUCUGUAAAAGAUCAUUCACAACUAAAAGUAACUUAACUACUCAUAACCUUAUUCAUACAGGAGAGAGAAAAUAUAACUGUAAUAUAUGCAAAAAAUCUUUCUUUCGAAAAGGGAAUUUAGGUGUUCAUAAACGUAUUCAUACAGGAGAAGAACCAUAUCGCUGUGACAUUUGUGGUAAAUCAUUCUCUGUAAAUAGUAGCCUAACAACUCACAAACGUAUUCAUACAGGAGAAGAGCCAUAUCAGUGUGAAAUUUGUAAGAAGUCUUUCUCCCAAACAGGUACAUUGACUGCUCACAGACGUAUUCACACUGGAGAAAAACCAUAUCACUGUGAUAUCUGUGGUAAAUCAUUCUCUAUUAAUAGUCAUUUAACUUCUCACAAACGUAUUCAUACAGGAGAGAAACCAUAUCACUGUGAUAUCUGUGGUAAGCUAUUUUCUGGAAAUAGUUCUUUAAAUCUGCACAGGCGCAUUCAUACAGGAGAAAUGCCAUAUCGGUGUGAUAUCUGUGGGAAAUCAUUCUCUGGGAGUAGUGAUUUAACUAGACACAAACGUAUUCAUACAGGAGAAGAACCAUAUCGUUGUGAUGUAUGUGGUAAAUCAUUCUCUUUAAGUGGUAACUUAAGUAAACACAAACGUAUUCAUACAGGAGAGAAACCAUAUCAUUGUGAUAUCUGUGGUAAAUCAUUCUCCAACACUAGUUCUGUAACUAGUCACAAACGUAUUCAUACAGGAGAGAAAUCAUAUGAUUGUGAUAUCUGUGGUAAAUCAUUCUCACAUUCCUCUACCUUAACUACACACAGACGUCUUCAUACUGGAGAGAGGCCAUAUCGUUGUGAUAUCUGUGGGAAAACAUUCGUCCAUGGUUCAGAAGUAAAUGUUCACAAGCGUGUUCAUACAGGAGAAAAACCAUAUCCUUGUGAUAUCUGUGGUAGAUCAUUCUCCGUACUUAGUGCUGUUAAUACACAUAAACGCAUUCACACAGGGGAGAAAGCAUCUCAAUGUGAUAUCUGUGGUAAAUCAUUCUCAUGUAAAGGUUAUUUAUCUUCACACAAGCGUAUCCAUACGGGAGAGAAACCAUAUUGUUGUGAUUUCUGUGGUAAAUCAUUCACUACAAGUUGUAAUUUAAUUAAACACAAACGUAUGCAUACAGGAGAGAAGCCAUAUCAUUGUAACAUCUGUGGUAAAUCAUUUCCUGGUGCUGAUAACUUAAUUCAACAUAAGCGUGUUCAUACAGGGGAGAAGCCACAUCAGUGUGAUGUCUGCAAUAAAUCUUUCACAGGAAUUGGUCAUUUAAUUAAGCACAAGCGUAUUCAUACAGGCGAGAAGCCUUAUUCCUGUGAUAUUUGUGGAAAAUCAUUCCCUCAGAAGGGUACUUUAACCAGACACAAACGCGUUCAUACAGGAGAGAAACCACAUAGCUGUAGUAUCUGUGGUCGGUCAUUUGCACAUCGCAGUACUCUGACUACUCACAAAUUUACUCAUACUGGAGAAAAGCCAUAUCACUGUGACAUUUGUGGUAAAUCAUUCUUGUCAAAUAGUAGUGUCACUAUUCACAAACGUAUUCAUACAGGAGAAAAGCCAUAUCGCUGCGAUAUCUGUGGUAAAUCAUUCUGUUCAAGUGGUGAGUUGACUACUCACAAACGUAUUCAUACAGGGGAAAAGCCACACCGCUGUGAUAUCUGUGGUAAAGCAUUCACUCAAAAAUGUAACUUAACUAAGCACAAACGUGUUCAUACAGGAGAGAAACCAAAUCACUGUGAUAUCUGUGGUAAAUCAUUUUCUGUAAGUAGCCACUUGACUAUACACAAACACAUUCAUACAGGGGAGAAGCCAUACCAAUGUGAUUUAUGUGGUAAAUCAUUCUCUGUAAGUAGUGCUGUAAACAAACACAAACGUAUUCACACAAGGGAAAAGCCAUAUCACUGUAAUAUCUGUGGUAAAUCAUUCAUUCAGUUGAGUCACUUAACAACACACAAACUUAUUCAUACAGGAGAGAAGCCAUAUCAUUGUGAUAUUUGUGGCAAAUCAUUCUCUGGAAGUAGUGAAUUAACUAUGCAUAAACGUAUUCACACAGGACAGAAGCCAUAUCACUGUAGUAUCUGUGGUAAAUCAUUCUCUCAAAAUAGUCAUUUAACUAAACACAUACGUGUUCAUACUGGAGAGAAACUAUAUCACUGUGAUAUUUGCAGUAAAUCAUUCUCUCAAAAAGGCAAUCUGAUUAUUCACAAGCACGUCCAUGAAGGUGAAAAACCAUAUCACUGUGAUAUCUGCGGCAAAUCAUUCUCUGGAAGCAGUUACUUAACUUCUCAUAAACGCAUCCAUACAGGUGAGAAACCUUACCAUUGUAAUAUCUGUGGGAAAUCAUUUUCUCAUAGUGGUAACAUAACCAUUCACAAACGUAUUCAUACAGGAGAAAAGCCAUAUCACUGUAAUAUCUGUGGUAAAUCAUUUUCUCAAAGAAGUAAUUUGGCUACACAUGUAGGUAUUCAUAUACAACAAUGACUAUUAAUGUUGAAGUCACUGUUAUAUUACAGUGCAACCUCUGUAUUAAGUUUUGUUGAUCAAAUUAGUUUUGCCUUCCUCUUAAUAUUGUGUACGUGUGUAAAUGCAUAUACACUUACUGCUUCAUUUACUCUUUAUUCUCUCUCCCAACUAUUUAUAUGACACUUGAUUACGAUGCAUAAAUGUUUCAUCCAAAUGUAAAUUUUGUAUUUUAUUCUGACCGAAGAAUUUCCAAUAGGAAAUUGCUUCCACAUGUGCACUUUUGCGAUUCCUAUUAGGAAAUGAAACUUGUAUAAUGGUGAAUAAAUAAUACCAAAGAAUUUUUCAAACUU